UACAACAAGAACUCGCACGUUGGUUGUUGGAAUUUGUUUAGUUUGGAAUGUUCAAGAAUAUUAGAUGCUAAACAUGAAUUCGGAUGGUACGCAAGUCUUACUGUCUGUCGAAGCAGAAGCUUAUGUGGAACAUCUGGUGAAAUUCGGGAUAAAAGAUGUCGGUGGAAGAGAAUGGGGUAGACAACAUGAAAACAUGGAAAAACUGAACAUGCAGGCAGUAGUCAAUGCAACAGCUCAGGAAGAUGAAUUCAUCAAGGAUUUUCUUAUCUCUUGUGGCAAAGUAGAUGUAGUUGUCCAUGAUCUGAUAUUAACAGAGGUUUGGAAAGAAAAGAUUUUCCCAGAGCUUGUUGACAUGAACUUCAAUCCAAAGACAACAUUCCCCCUAUAUAUGGUGCUUUAUCAUGAAGCGACAGUUGUGAAUCUGUUGGAGACUACUAUGUUUUACCGUGAGACUUGUGAAGCGGCAGAAGAUUGUACACCCGAUCUGAUAGACUACUGCUAUAGAAGGCUAACACAGCUAGUGGCUAGGUCUGAGAGUGUAGAAGAUGAUGAGGAUGAACCUAAUGACCCCACACUAUCAGCAGAAACUCACGGUGGUAAUAUGGAGGAGUUGCAGAAACAGGAGAAGAAACUAAAUUUUGAGAUUUGUAUCAAGGUGAUUUCUCUUCUGCGGUACAUCACAGACAAUCUGGAAAGCUUGCCAUUAAGUGUAAUGACCAGAAUGCUAAAUACAUUGGACAUUCCUAUUCUGUUAGUUCAACUAGUAGAAUGCCCACCUUGGACAAAAAGGAAAAAUGGAAAAGUAUUCAAAUUUAUUGACAGUAAGUGGCAGGAACUAAACUUUGAAGAGAGCAUGAAAAUCACAAAGAUAGAGGGACAGAUUUGGCUGGCCUUGUACACACUGCUGAUGAAUGGUAAAUGUCAACAGAAAUAUGAUCUGAACACUCACAGGAAAAACAGUAUCCUCAAGUUGAGGUCCCACUUGACUGAGGUGAUGCUGGAUCAGCUUCCUAUCUUGGUUGAGAUGCAGAGGUACCUGGAGCACCUGUCAAUGAUGGAACCUCCCGCCCCGGCUAGAGAACUCAUCCUUGAACAGGUUCCAGAGAUCAAAGAGAAAAUUUUGAAUGACAAUAAAGGAAAGUGGAAGAAGAUUGCCAAGAAACAGUCCCAGACUUUCUUCAACCCCUCAGACAGUGAUGUACGGGCCCAGGCUAAAAGAUGGGCGGACACCUAUAACUUUGAUGUGUUGGAGGGACUGCUGACAGACCCCCCUAAGUGUGCGGUGUGUGGGGCUGAAGCCACCAAAAGAUGUUCACGCUGUCAGAACGAGUGGUACUGCAGAAGGGAGUGUCAGGUUUCUCACUGGAAAAAGCACAAGACAGCCUGUGACCUGAUUCUAGAAGCCAAUGAUUCUGUGAAGGCCAAUGGAUAACAGGAAAUUGAGACCAAUGUGUUUGAACAAGGGAGAUAACUUGUCACAUGUUUGCAACUAAAUGUUUCCAUCAAUAUUUUCUGAUUGACAAUCAAGCAUUAAAAGCAAUUCAGAGAAGACUGUGAAUCCCAAACCCAUCAAUUUGGUUAAUAUUUAUUUAAAAUUCAAAUUUUAUUUAUUGAAUAUUUAUUUAUGAAUUUCAAAAGAGAGACAUAUUAAAAGAGAUCUGUUAUGUUGUUUUAUGAUGCUAUUGGAGUAAUUUUGGUUGUACAUCAGUUAUGUGUUAUUUAUUGGAAAUAUAAAAAGUGGUUCAAUACCUUUAAAUUGAUGGAAUAUAUUUACAUAAUUUUUAAAGUACGAGGGUUGUCCCGUUAAAUCGUGGACAAGUUGUCUAGUUUGAAAAAUAAUCAUCACUGCGUUCUGAAAGUUUCACUACUUUUUAGUACAUAUAUUAUAAAUAUACAUAGCAAAUUUCAAAUAGAUAUGUGCAUAAAUAAACAAAUUGUGAUAUUUUAUGUUAUGUACUGUAGCGCCCUACAGCGCACGGAUGAUAACGUCGACGUGUCUAAAACAGCG